UCUGCUGCAGCAGCAACAACAACAACAACAGGGACAACAACAACUGCCGGCACCGAAGCGAUGUCGGCUACAGCUUCGGGCAUCGAUGCGGCUGCCGCCUUGCAGGAGCGCAAGAGAUGCCACACAGGUGGCCAGCAACAACAAAGGCACCACAAUCCGAAUGGCCCACCAAAUGCCAAUAGCUGGCGCCAGAAGAAGUCCACGAAUUAUAAUACCCAAUCCUGGCAGAACGGACGCAGGCAAGUUUUUUCUCUGCUUUUCAUUCCCCCCACCCCCUGCCCCUGCCUCGGUAAAAAUCCUUCGUGUCAAUCUAAUAGCAAUAAUAAUAAUUGGAAUAACUACUGUUCGAAUCAGUACUACCCGCAAAAUAAUCCACGCGAUUCAUAUCGUAAAUAUACACAAGACAACACAAAUUGGAACCAAUCGUCAAACUAUAGAAAGGAUAACAGCAAUUGGAACCAAUCUUCGAAUUCAAAUUCGUUGAGCUCCUACGAUCGCAGUGAGAGACAAGAAUUUCGACGGGACUCAAAGUUCCGCGAAAGAACUGAUUUUUAUAGAAAUUCAAAGGCAAAUAGAACAGAUUCUCUUCUGGGGGAAAGCGCAAAUACGAAAAGAGAACACAUAAACAAUUCAUUUCGCAGCUCCAGUUCCAGCAGGACGUGGAUAAGUGAAGAUCUCAAGAGUAAACGAUGCGAAACACAGAACAAAAGCAGCGAAACAAAUGAACAUUGUACAAAAAGUCAAGAAAGCCAAUUGAAUCAAAAGAGCUUACAGAGCCCAACUAAGGAAGAUCAAAAUAGCAGCAAUAUUACGAUUUCAAAUCGGGAAGAAAACGAAGAAAUUUAUUCUGCGCCGGAUAGCAAAAUAGAUGAAUCUGAGAACAACUCUAAAGAUUCGGAUACCAUUAAAGAACACAAACCCAAAUCAAGAGAAUCAUCUGAAGAAAAACAAGAACCAAAAGAACAACCUGAAGCAAACAGUUCUACAGCAAGUCCUUUAGAACUCAACAUAGACGGAUUUAAGGGCAAGUCAGAGCAAGUUAAAGAAAUAGUGAAAGAUAAAAGGCAGAGCAACAAAGCAGCUGGAAGUCCUAGAAAAGUUGUUGGUAUCACAACCAAAAACUACUCCGAAUUAAGAUUACUUCGAAAUAGUAUUUCGAGUGCUCUACAACGCAAUAUUAGGCAUAAGUGUCAGCAGAAUCUAUCAGAGUCCAGGGGGACAAAGCAGCCAGCGCAGAGCGAAGCAAAUACAAUAGCCAAUAAAACAUAUCCCAAGAUACAGGUGCGACCGCUGGCCGAACUGCUCAAGCAGGAAAUACUUGCCGUCACCCAGGAGCAGCUCCUGGCCAGCACAGGCCCGCCUGCAGGCAGCAGAGCCAAAACUACGCAAAGGACAGCGAUCCAAACACGUCGGCGUACUGUCAGCAGCUCCGUCAGCCAUAAUAAUGGCAGCGGCCACAGCGAAUAUAGCAUCAAUGACCGCCUGGCCAACAUGGACAAGGAGAGUCUGAAGAACAUAAUCAACAAUAGCGAUACGAUAUACAACGAACAUCUGAAGCUGCAGGCACGACGACGUUUGCGCGAGGAGAUACGACGCCAGCUGAAGGCCAUUGAAUUAGAGCAGCCAAAGGAUAAGCCAGCCAAGGAUCUGGUCGAGGACGAAAUCGUCGACGCCAUCAAGUUGCCACAGCUGUUGUUGCAAGAGAUUGAAAAGUGCUUCGGCAUACACAUAUCAGCACCUGAGGCUGAGGACAACAGCGCCGCCGCCAGGUCAACGGAGGACGAUCAGGAGACCAAGGAGAGCAAAGCCUCCAAUAAGGAAACAGCUGAAGCUCAAGAGACCAGUGCAACAGAUCACAUGGCCAAGGAGAACUCGACGGACUUGAUGCAACGCCUAAAGGUGGCCGAGCAAUUUAAGGCCAUGUCGGGCAAGAGACUUGCCAGUGGACAGCUAAACGAAAAGGACACGAGCCAAAGCUCCGAGAGCAGGCUCAAUCCUAAGCCGCAAAGAAAAAGGACUGAGAGCGGGUGUCCAUCAACUGGCAAAGAUAAAGCAGGCGCCCAGAAACAAACAGGAAAAGAAUUGCCCACGCCAGAAAACAAAUUACCCACUUCCGAAAAAGAGCUACACACUCCGGAAAAAGAGUUACCCGCAACAGAGGCUGGGGAUGAACUGAAGGAUUCGCAUAUUAAAAAGGAAAUUGCGGUGGAUUCAAGUGAUUCCGAAGAAAGCUACAACGUUAUUGUGGUCAGCUCUUCGGAGGAUGAGGAUGAGCAUGAGGAUGGGGCGACGCCAGUGAAUAAAGCGCCCAAUGCUGAGACAAGUGGCGCCGUCAGCGAUCACUCGACCUCGUCCAGCUGCAGCACCGAGUCCACCAAGCGUCGCUACCAGCAAAAGCUGGAGAGCGAUGCCAACAACAUUGUGGACAGCUUUGAGAAGCUGAUAUUGCCCCGGCUGAAGGAUUCGCUGGCGCAACGCUAUCGCAGCAGCCACUGCGCCAGCUUGCAGAGUCGCCUUCACUUCAUCUCCUGCGUGGUGACCAGCAGUGAGCACAACUCGCAGACAUUCAGCAAAAUCGAGGUGGCCAAGAUGCAACAGAAUCUCAAGGCCAAUGACAAUCGGCUGGGCAUCGACUUCCUUCUGCGCGAAGUCGUCAAUGUGGUGAAUCUGCAGAAGCAAACGGCGGCAGCGCGUCGCAAACAACACCUGGAGAAGGAGCAGCGCGCGCCUAACGAGCUUACCAUCAGCCCACCCGCGUUGGAGCUAAACGGAUCCAAAAGCGCUGAGCUCGCGUCUGGGCCACAUCAAAGGGAAUGCAAUGGCGCGAAUGUGGCACAGGCUUUGAUGCCGCCCACGCCGCCACGGAAUGGAACGCCGACGCCGGCAAGUCGGCCGCUGCACGGGCUGCCUUUGGGAUUGCCGUAUGUGGGUCUAGAUUCGAAUGUGCCGCGCUUGUCGCCCGGCUGCUUCUCGCCCAGCGAGCCCAUCCUGGUGAUGGGUGAUUCGGUUACGCACAGUCUGCUCGAGAUCGAUCGACGCCUGCUCGAGAAUCAAAAUCGACGCGGUUUCCUCGAGGAGAUGAUCAUGAAGUUCCAGCGAGAGAAAUCUGAUUUGGAGAUGCUCAGCCUCGAGCUGCAGAGUCGCAAGUUUCUGCUGCUCAACACGGUAAUUGCUAGGAAUCAAGCGACAACCGUCACGCCCCCAUCAACAGUUACGCCCACGAACUCGCCGCCGCCAGUGAUGCAAUCGGCAACGCACGAAAACGGUGGCCCAGCAACCUCUGCUGAUCCCGAAACCAGCAAACCCAAGCAGCGCAAGCGUCGCUGUGUUCUCAAACGUGUACGCUACCUGCCCAGACGCAAACGUCCAGCCAAGCGCUUCAAUGAGCCGGCCCGAUCGAACGAUGAGGCUGGCAGGUCCGAAGAAGAAGGCGCACCAAAAAUCGAUCAGCCCGAAGAGAUUACAGCGCCUCUGCCCCGGCCUAUGACAACGCAGAUGCACAUCAAGGAAGAGCCAAACGAGCCCAUCAAGGCGAAUGACGUCGCGAGCAAGCGGCCUCCAAACCCAACGUCUACUAGGGAUUCCCCCAAGCGCCAGCGCCUGACCAGAUCCGUUGCGGCCAGCAUUGCACAGCAACCGCUGGCCAUUAUACCACCGCUGCAACCACCGCCGCCGCCGCCGGAGCCGUUUGCCAACAUGUCGUAUGAGCUGCCGCGCAGCCUGCUGAAGCCCAUCCCGCCGCUGCCUCCGAUACCCGCCGACACCCGUACGACUGCGAAUGUGGAGAGCUAUAACUAUGGGUUUAUACCAAUCGGACGAUUGCAUAACAUCAGCAGUCCCAUCACCCAGAUACGCAUUUACAAGGUGCACAUCAUAGCGGCAUCGGAGAACGGCGAUGUCUUCAUGUUCAACAUCGCCAGUCACAAGCUGGAGCGCCAGAUCACCAAGCACAGCGAGGCCAUUACGAAUAUGUUUCUGUGCGAGAAGGAAUCCUUUUUAUACACCACAUCCCUGGACGGGUUCCUCAAGAAAUCCUCCCUCGAGAAUCUGGAGCGUGUCAUGCAGACAGUCUACCUAAAGGAACCCCUACAAUCUAUUGACAUCGAGUGGGGCGUUGCGUUUAUUGGCAGCCGUUGGGGCAAUAUUUUUACAUACAAUAUUGCGGCCAACAAAGUGAUGGACAUGCCUCUGCUGUCCACUGGGCAGUCGAUUAUCGCUGUCAAGGCCACCAAGGAGGGCGUGCGCAAAAUAAUUCUGCUAGGCUGCAAGGGAAACUUUGUAUUCAUGCACGAUGCGGCCACCGGCUUGCUGUUGCGUCGUCUUAGCAUACCCGAUGGUCUCAAUGUGUACAGCUUACUGCUGAUUGAUGGUCACGUCUUUUGUGGCACACAAAAGAAUGAGGUGUUCAAAUUCGACUUUGCCAGCGGUUCGAUGACCAACACGCUGAGCUGCGGUAAUGGAGCCGUCGCCAUGGCCCCAUAUGGAGAAAGAUACUUGCUCAUAGGCUGCUACGAUGGCUUCAUCUAUGUACUGAACAAAGAAACUGGCCGUCAAUUGGGUCGUUUCAAAGGACCAGGACGUUUGGUUCUUGCUCUGGCCAUCGCCGGCGAUAAGGUCGUCACUUCGUCAAAGGACAACUCCUUGGAAAUAUUGGAAAUACCGUCAGAAUUGUUCAAUCUGGAUCAGUCGACUUAAAACUGAGUGAUCUUUAAUUUUAAUACAAAUUCUAUUUUCUGAAAUGUUCGACUAAGUUAUAGAUUUUAAAAUAGUCCUUUCACUAAUU